UAAAAAAAUAUCUCCCAUCUCGUUGGUUCUUCUUCCUUGCAAAGCUCUCGAAUACAACUUCCCUAUUGCCACAAAGCCAUAGAACCCUCUCUCUGUUUUAUGGGCAAGCUCUCUUCUUUCCUCUUCCUUUUCUUCCUUUUCACCUCCUUAUGCGCCGCCGGCGAGAUCGCCGACGACCUCAGCCUUCCCAUUGACGUUGGCUUCCCGGCUUUCACUGCCAAGAAACUCAUCCGCGCGCUCAACCUCGUCCCCAAGGAUCUUUCUCCCGAUCACGCAACUGCUGCCGAUGUCUUACCGGGUUCGAUCAUCGAGAGGCCGCUCCGACUUUCGGGCUUCUCGAAUGAGAGCUCCGUCGAGGAUCUAGGGCACCAUGCCGGUUAUUACCGCCUCCCCCACUCUCAUGACGCCAGGCUGUUCUACUUUUUCUUUGAGUCGAGGCAGAGUAAGAAUGACCCUGUUGUUAUUUGGUUGACGGGUGGACCGGGUUGCAGCAGCGAAUUAGCUGUUUUCUAUGAGAAUGGACCUUAUAAAAUAGCUGACAACUUGUCAUUGGAGUGGAACGAAUUUGGUUGGGAUAAGGCUUCCAAUCUUAUAUAUGUUGAUCAGCCUACUGGAACUGGGUUUAGCUACAGCUCAGACAAACGUGAUAUUCAACACGAUGAAGCUGGUGUUAGUGGUGAUCUGUAUGAUUUCUUACAGGCAUUUUUCUCUCAACAUCCAGAGUAUGUGAAUAAUGACUUCUACAUCACGGGGGAAUCAUAUGCUGGGCAUUACAUUCCUGCUUUUGCUAGCCGUGUUCACCAGGGAAACAAAGCUAAAGAAGGCAUCUACAUUAAUUUGAAGGGAUUUGCAAUUGGUAAUGGACUUACUGAUCCUGCCAUCCAGUACAAAGCUUACCCGGAUUAUGCAUUGGAAAUGGGAAUAAUAAAAGAGUCAGACUAUAAAAGACUCAACAAAAUAGUUCCAGUUUGUGAGGUGGCCAUUAAGCUCUGUGGUACUUCUGGAAGAGUUGCUUGCUUGGCUUCAUAUUUGGUUUGCAACAUAUUGUUCAAUUCAAUAUUGAGGAUUGCAGGAAAUAUCAAUUAUUAUGACAUCAGAAAGGAAUGUGAAGGCAGUCUGUGUUAUGAUUUCUCAAACAUGGAGAAAUUCCUUAGCCUAAAACCAGUCAGAGAAUCCCUUGGAGUUGGUGAAAUACAAUUUGUAUCAUGCAGCCCCACCGUAUAUGAGGCUAUGCUUGCUGACUGGAUGAAGAACUUGGAAGUGGGCAUCCCUGCUCUUCUUGAGGAUGGCAUCAAGCUGCUUGUUUAUGCUGGGGAAUAUGAUCUCAUAUGUAACUGGCUUGGAAAUUCGAGAUGGGUUCAUGCCAUGAAGUGGUCUGGUCAGGAAGCAUUUGUUUCUUCAUCUGAGAAGCCAUUUACUGUAGAUAGCAAGGAUGCUGGAGUGUUGAAGAAUCAUGGUCCUCUCAGUUUCCUGAAGGUUCACAACGCUGGACACAUGGUACCAAUGGAUCAGCCAAAGGCUUCAUUAGAGAUGCUGACAAGAUGGAUGAAUGGAGACCUGGCUGAAGUUACGUCCGAAUCUCAAGGCCUUGCUUCCGAUAUGUAAUGUACAAAACACAGCAUAUUUCUACAUUACAAUUGCAUGACAUUUUAUUAAUACUUAGCUGAUGGAAAUGCUUGCAAUUCAUUUGAAUGCUUGCACUGUCAUAUGAUGAACAAAACCCAUGCUUUUAUUCCAGUCUUUGUACAUUUCUUGUAUAACCGCAUUUCUUGUGGUGUUCUCUCCUUGUGUUAUAACA